AAUUCGGCAGACGAAAUGGAGGUGAAAAAGCAUGAGAAGCCCGGCAGCCUGUCUCCAGUGAAGCCGGCGCUGAAGCGAGACGGAGACGAGAGCAAGACCUCGCGCUCCAGCAGCAGGACGGACAAGGAGCUCAAACUACCGCCGGAAAAGUCACCCAGCGAGGAUGGAGUGAGGAAGGAGCGGAGAUUGUCUAAAGCUAGCGAGGGGUCUAGGGAGAAUCUUGGAAGACAAGACUCAAAAUCAACAUCACUAUCGAGUCCGAAAGUGUCCCGGAAAUACUUCACUAACUGGCGACAAGCAUGUGACAAGACGAAAGACAAGACCAAAGAACUGCUGAAGCGGUGGCGGACGUUGCCCGAAGCCGAAGGUAGUGAGGGGCCGAUGGAAGCCGCGGGACACAGCGAGGACGACAAACACAAAGGAUGGAGUGUUCACGUAUGGACCACCUGGGUGAACCGGUGCAGCGAAGACCUGGAAUGUCUGGAACUCGAAGAUGAGCAGCCCCUGGCACAGCUCAGCUCCGUGCAGUCAGACAAGAUGACGUUAUUCUUCACUGAACUCCUUGACCACGACAGGGACGAUGUUAUUUGUGAUCAGGACUUUGAUCAGUUCUUUGAGAAACUUGCGCAUUUCGCUGACUGGUCGGCCAACUCGUCCGAAUUCCAUAUACUUCUCGAGGUGAAGAGGGAGUUUAUAGACCACUUCAUCAACCCCCUGCCGUCCAAAUGGGCUGAUUUACCAUACUACAAAAGGGUGUGCGGUCCUGAAGCGAGCGGUAUAAAUAUCCCUGGGCGGACGACGCUGGAGGGCUGGCUCGCGCGAUGGGCUCUCCACUUAAGUGAGAUGAAGCGAUUCACCGAUUUACCUCUCUAUCUACAAUAUUUAUGCAAGAUAUUAUUCCACGUGGUGGAUCGGGCAGGCGAAGGCGCUAUUACAAAGCCCGCAUUAGCAGCGUUUUACCGUUCUGUGAUUGGACUACCAGCCACAAGAGUGGACGAGAUUAUAGACACGGCUUAUGACCGCAUGACCAGCAAUGGCUAUUUGAUCCUGGACUACGGCACUUUCGUCCACUGCUUUACCAACUGGCUGAUGGGGAAGAAUCCUAACGGUCCUGGACAGUGGGUCCUCGUGCCGCCUAAGGGUUCACUACCACAACCACCAUUCCCAGUCGACUACAGCGCCCUCAACACAGAACCAGCGAAGCUAGAACCCUACGCGCCUGACAAGAAGACAAAUAGACAUUCAGUUAUCGUGUGAAAUGAAUAGGAGUGUAUUAUUUUAAGAGAAGAUAGAAGUGUUAAGUUACCGCUUUAAAAUGUCCUCGUACGUCAAUUAUAUUUCAGUUCUGUAUGCACAGUAGACUAUUGUGUAAUGGAAACCAGCGGCACUAAAUGUCAAUGUCGAAGCACGUAGAAUCUAUUUUCUAAAAUACGACGGUUUUAGUGCGGUGUCUUUCAAAUGCCAGUAUCGGAGUAGGUCGGUAGGAAUGUUCACAUUUUAUUUCCUCGCACUGAAUUUUCUUGGACGCUUUGAAAUGCACAUUGAAGAAAUGCUGAGAGGACGAAAUUGAAGACUGGUUGUCGUUGUGUUAUGCCUUUAUUUUAUAAUUUUUAUGUAAUACUUAUACCUAUAAGAAAUAAACUAUAGAAUAUUGAUGUGUCUGAAUACAUUUCACACCUGUCGGUCUAUGGUAUUAACCGCCAUAGAUGUAGUAAUAGUCUAAGUUUUAAUGAUAAAGACAUGCUCUAAUAAUGACAUGUCCAUUUACAUGAUAUCCAGAAAUCGAUACAAUAAUUAACUGACAAAGGAAUUAUAAACUACAGUACUCAUAUAUUAUACACGAUUAUUACCUAUUCUAUACACUGUAGCCCUAAAUCCAUUUCGUGAUUGCCUUAAUGAUUUUAACCUAAUUUAGUAUCGAUCGAAAUUCGCUUGUACUUAUAAAUGAAACGCUUUAAACUAACUUGUAAGUAUUCUGUGCAAUUUGACCAAAUAUCUAUUAUCUAUACUUUUAAAUUAAGUCGUUGUAAAUAAUAGGAGUAACGCACGACACGGUAAACAAGAACUGCCUUAAAUUAAGCAUCGUCACAUUUCACGGUAUAGCCUUAUUUUGUACCUUAAGUGUUAAAGUAGAUAAAUGUAUCUAGAUAUAGUUGUAAGUACACCUUAUUCCACUGAAAUAAAAACAUUAAAUUA